CGGGGGCGGGGCGCUGAGCGGCGACGCUUCCGCAAAGAUGGCGGCGGCUGCAGGGCGAAGCGCUCGGCUGGCGGCUUGGGGAGGGAGACUGCGGCGCGGGCUCGCUGCCAGCCGACAGGCCGUGCCGAGCCCCGGCGCACUGGCGGCGGCAGUGGCCGGGGUGGCCCUGGCAGGAGCAGGAGCGGCCUGGCAUCAUGGCCGCGUGAGUGUCGCGGCACGCGAGAGCAGCCUCACCGUGUUAGCACAGAAAAAUGUUGACUAUGGAGCAAUAGAGAAAGUAUCUCUUCGUAAACAACGGUUCAUGCAGUUUUCUUCACUGGAACAUGAAGGAGAAUAUUAUAUGACACCACGAGAUUUCCUCUUCUCAGUAAUGUUUGAGCAAAUGGAACGUAAGGCUUAUUUCAUAUACUGAGUAUCUUUUCUUGCUUACCAUCCUCACUAAACCCCAUAGUGGAUUUCAUGUUGCUUUUAAAAUGCUGGAUGCAGAUGGUAAUGAGAUGAUUGAGAAAAAGGAAUUUUUUAAGCUGCAGAAGAUCAUAAGCAAACAAGAUGACUUGAAGACUAUGAAAAUUAAUGAAGCAGCAGAAUGUCAGGAAUCAGUAGUGAAAGAACCUGAAAUUAAUACAACCCUUGAGAUGCGUUUCUUUGGAAAAAAGGGAGACAGAAAACUUCACUAUAAAGAAUUUCGAAGAUUUAUGGAAAAUUUACAAACAGAGAUUCAAGAAAUGGAAUUCCUCCAGUUUUCAAAAGGUUUGAGUUUCAUGAGGAAAGAAGACUUUGCAGAGUGGCUACUGUUUUUCACUAACACUGAAAAUAAAGACAUUUAUUGGAAAAAUGUGAGAGAGAAGUUGUCGGCAGGAGAGAGUAUUAGUUUGGAUGAAUUCAAGUCAUUUUGCCAUUUUACCACUCACUUGGAAGACUUUGCUAUCGCCAUGCAAAUGUUUAGCUUAGCUCAUCGCCCUGUCAGACUAGCUGAGUUUAAGAGAGCUGUGAAAGUAGCAACAGGACAAGAGCUCUCCAACAAUAUUUUGGAUACCGUCUUCAAGAUCUUUGAUUUGGAUGGUGAUGAAUGUCUUAGUCACGGAGAGUUUCUUGGGGUGCUAAAAAACAGGAUGCAUCGGGGUCUCUGGGUACCACAUCAGCAAAGUAUACAAGAGUAUUGGAAAUGUGUGAAAAAAGAAAGCAUUAAAGGAGUAAAAGAAGUCUGGAAACAAGCUGGAAAAGGCAUUCUUUAAAAAUAAUAGUAAUAUAGUGUCAUACAAGUAUUGCUGCAAAUGUCAGAACUUCAGAAAUUUUUUCAAUCACUAGCUUCUUAAGUCUUCAUUAACUUCCUUUGUCAUGUAAAGGUGCCUUGUAUUUGCUUUCUGAUUGAAUAAUUUCUAAGUUUUCAUUAAAGAACUUACUAGAAAGAAAAAGUAUUAUUUUAUAAUCAACAUGGCCAGUAUCAGUUCCAGAAGUUGUGAGGUUCCUAAAAGGGAAAAUGAAGUUUAAGACUUAUUUUAGAUUUUUCUCAUCUAUAUCUUUUUCUCAGAAAUUCCUAUAGAUUUUAUUUCAGUUAGUUGCAUAUAGUUAUCUUAAAAUAAUAUGUAAAUUUUAAUGUCCUAUCUGGAAACAGAAUAAAGUAUUUCCAUAGAUACAAAAAGUAUGGAGGUGCUUUUUAUUUUACAUGUAUUUUUAAACCUACAUUUUUAAAAAAUGUAAAUGUUCAUCCCUUGCCAGCCUAAUUAGUUCAUGUUCUUAAAAAGGAUGUAAUUAGGAGAAUCUUGACCACAAGAUCAAGGCAUUAUGGACUGUACUGGAUUUUGGAAAAAUGUUUAAAUGACACUAAAAAUUAAUUGGCACUGAAGAAAAUGUAAAAUGUAUUAAGAUGACACUUUUAAAAAUAUGGUAAAGAAAAAGUUUCAAAAACAGGUAAGAAAAUAAUACAAUAUUUUCUCACAUAAGAAAAUGGCAAAUAAUUACAGCCAGUUCCCCUCCCUAGAGAACUGGCUGGUUCCAGGACUGUGGCAGGCAAAGUCCAAGAGAAGCCCGGAACAUCCUGUGCCUGAAAGUGAGGAAGGGCUCAUGGAAUGAUGGGAGGUCACAUAGGCAAAGCCGGCGGAAAGGGGCUCCUUUGGGCCCAUCUGAUAUAGGGUGGGCAUCACAAUUAGUGUCAGUGAAGCAUUGUGACUUACACAGAAAAUUGAAUGAUUAAUGGGACAAAAGAAAUCUGUUCAUUAAGAGUUGUUAAUGAGUGGCUUGUACUGUGGUGCAGUGAGUUAAAGCCACAGCCUGCAGUGCCAGCAUCCCAUAUGGGGGCUGGUUCGAGUGCCAGCUGCUCCACUUCUAAUCCAGCUCCCUGCUAAUGCGCCUGGGAGAGCAGCAGAUGAUGGUCCUUGGACCUCUGCACCCAUGUGGGAGACCCAGAGGAAGCUCUUGGCUCCUGGCUUCGGAUCAGCCCAGCUGCGGCCACCGUGGCCAUUAGGGGAGUGAACCAAUGGAUGGAAGAUUUCUCUCUCUCUCUCUCUGUGUGUGUGUGUGUGUGUGUGUGUGUGUCUAUGCCUCUGCCUCUCUGUAACUCUGCACUUCAAACAAUAAAUCUUAAAAAAAAAAAAAAGUUGUUAGGGGCCAGUGCUGUGGCACAUCGGGUUAACAUCCUAUAUGGGUUGGUUCGAGUCAGCUUCCCUACUUCCUAUCCAGCUCCCUGUUAAUGUACCUGGGAAGGCAACAGAGGAUGGCCCAAAUACUUGGGCCCCUGAACCCAUGUGGAAAACUUGGAAGAAGCUCCUGGCUCCUGGCUUCAGCCUGGCCCAGCACCCUGAAGCCUGCUGCAUCUCCUGAAAUCUAAACUGGAUCUUUAGCCACUUGUUUGUUUUACUAUCAUUUUGUUGAGUAAAUGAUCAUUCGGUCUCCUAAUAUUUUAGUGGUUAGCUCAUAUCUCUCCACUUAUCCUUUUAAAGCAUGGGUUAGAGGGAGGGAGAGUUCCCCAAGCUGUGCCUGUUCCGUCUUCUCUCUCUUGUUCUUUGGGAGUGUCAUCACAUCAUUGGCUUCUGUUCUCUCCCCUAAACUCAAAGCCCAGUUGAUUUCCAGACAUCUCCAUUUGGUUGGUCCAACUCGACAUGUCUAAAAGUGAUCAUCUCCCCUUCUUUCCCCCAAACUCAUAUCCUCUGUCUCAGCAUCUCUCCACAUGGUGACCAAACUGGGAACCACACAGUUGUUCCACAUUCCCACUGCCUUACUCCGUUGUCAGUCAAGUCCCUUCAGUUCUGUUUCCUCAGAAUCUCCCGACAUGUCCACCUGACAGCCCCAUUGCCGCUACGCCAGAUUAUUCACUGAUUACUUAGAUUAUCUCAGUGGACUCCUAGCAGGCCUAUUGGAACCAUUCCCCAAUCAGGCAUAGUGUUACACCACCUGGGUCCAGACCAGCUCCAGCACUCAUUAACCAUAUACUGCGUAGCCAAAGACUCAGCCUCCGUGUGCCCAUUUCCUCUAAGAGGGCAUGAUUUGUAGUUCUGAUGUCAUAGAGUUUUUGUGAAGACUGAGAUGACAGGUAAAAUGUGCUAGAGUAAACCCUUGGAGAUCCCCUUUAAAAAAAUGAUUUUAUUUGAGAGGUAGAGUUACAGACAGUGAGAGGGAGAGACAGAAAGGUCUUCCUUCCAUUGAUUCACUCCCCAGAUGGCCACAACAGCCAGAGCUGUGCCAAUCCAAAGCUAGGAUCCAGACACUUCUCCCUGGUCUCCCACGUGGGUGCAGGGGCCCAAGGACUUGGGCCAUCCUCCACUGCUUUCCCAGAACAUAGCAGAGAGCUGGAUGGGAAGAAGAGCAGCCAAGACUAGAACAGGCGCCCGUGUGGGAUGCCGGUGCCGCAGGCAGAGGAUUAACCUACUGUGCCACGGCACCAGCCCCAGAGACUCUUAAAUAAUAGAUAGUACUGCAUUAACUUAAUCCAAAUCCUUCACACCAGAUUAAUUUUUCUAGAAGUCCUGUCAUGCCACUGCUGACAGUCCUAUGACCCCACAAUAACCUACGAAAUAGUAAGCAACUCCAUCUUUCUAUCCCCAUUGCCUAAUGAAUACCCACUCUCCAUAUGCUACAGCAUUUUGCACUUCUUACCAUUACCACACUUGGACAUGUUCUCCUCUCCAAAUACUUGCAUUUGCUGGUGCUCCUGUAAAGGGUGCCCCCUCGCACCCCAGCCCGUACUCAGCUAACUACUUUAGGUGGCAAUUCAUCUGUGAAGGUUUUUAUUUUGUUCCCUAUUUUCCCCCUCAAGCACUGUUUUCAAACCUCAUUAAAAUGUGCUGAAAUUCUGUUUAUUUGUCGCUUCUCAGCUAUGAGCUCCUUAAGAACAAGGACUCAACUCCCAGCAUCCAUCCAAGAGCUGGCACAUAGUAGUUGCUCAGAAAAUAUUUGCCGAAUGAAUAAAUGGAAGGAAAGUAGAAUAAGCCAUAUCCCCAUAUAUUCUUGGUAUCUCCUGAUUGGUCCUCUUCUCUGUUAAAAGACUUGACAGGGUUAGGGUCCUAGAAGAGCUGCAAGACUGCUCUGGCUUGGCCUCUGCCUUGCAGGUAGGCAGCAAAUAGCAAGAGCCAGUGAUUCUGGUCUGGCAGGUUCUGGUGAUGCACACGAAGCUGAAAUGCACUCUGAAAAAUGGGGAAUAAACUUACCCUUGGGACUUUAACAACCAAAACACAGUGUAGGCACAUAGGGCAGGGAAGACAGCAAAGUAGGAAGCCCUGGGACUCUCUCCAUCUAAACAACCACUGAAUUGGCACGAACUGGCUAAAAUAAAUUUUUGAGGAUUCUGGAGUCUAGUAGAACAUAGCAACCCUGGUAGAGUUUAGUGAGGAAGGCAAUAGACCUGGAUGAAUUUUAGCCAUAAGCAAUGUAGCAGCUACAGCCCCUAGCCCGGCAACAGAGAGCAACAGGAGAGGAAGCUCUCAUUCCUGGUGAAGCUUUGGGGAACGAGGUGUGCAAAAAGGACCUUGUACUGCAGAGCUGAGGUUAUGUGCUUUGCUAGCUGAUUGCUGCUUUUGAUCUCUGAGAAGCUAGCACCCAUUUUUCAGUGCCCAUUCUCACAGGCUGAAGUAGCUCCUCAGCUACAGGGGAUUUAAGGAGACAAGGGGAGACCUUGAUUGAGCUCUUGGUUCCUUACUUCAGUCACCCUAGCUGUUGCAGAAUGAAUCAGCAGAUGGGAGCAUUUCUCUCUCUCCCUCUCUCCCUCUCUCCUUCUCUCCCUCUCUCCCUCUCUCCCUCUCUCCCUCUCCCUCUCUCUCUCUCCCCCUCUUUGUAAAAUAAGGAAACAGUAAAGCUAUACCUUUGUCAGGUCACUGGCUGACUACAAAUCGAAAAGAAACUUCAGUGACCACACACAACAAGGAAUACACAUUUUGCAAAAAACGAUUUGGAAAAUCCAUAAAGGAGUGUGUCCGGCCCACAGUAAGUCAAACAAUUCCUGAGAUCUGAAAAUCAGAUUUGCAAAAUUACUACCACAUAAUACUUAAGAAUGAUCAGUUCUCAAGAACAAAAAAAAUCUAUAGAUCAUGUAAAGUACAGGAAAAUAAAAGAAUAUCAAAGCAAGCAUGCCUGAAGAAGACCAGACUUUGGAAUUAUUAGUUAAAGACGUUCAAUCAAGUGUCUGAAAUACGUUCAGUAUGUUUGCUCAAGGAAACCAUUGGCAAAGACUAAUAGAAAUUGAGAACAAUGUCUGAACAAAACUGGAAUAGCAAUAAAAACCAGAAAUUAUGAAAAGACACCAAACAGAAAUUUGGGAGCUGAAAAGUGUAGUGAAAAAUUCAGUACAGGCAAGGAUGUAGAAAAACUGGGAUCUUUGUACAUUGCUGGCAGGAAUGGGAAAUGGUGCAGCCACUCCUGGAAGAAAGUUUGACAGUUCCUGAAAAAGGUGAACAUAGAAUUAUCAUAUUACCCAGCGACUAUUCCUAGGGACUCAAACAAAUAUGUAUGUGCCAAUGUUCAUUACAUCAUUAUCGCUUAGCCAAAAGGUGAGAACAUCCAAGGGUCUACCAACAGAUGAAUGAAAAAAAAACAAAAUGUGGUAUAUACUUACAAUGAUAUAUCAUUCCAUUGUGAAAGGAAUGAGGUUCUGAUACAUACCACAAGGUAGACGAACUUGGGAAAUAUCCUAAGUGAAAUAGGUCAGACAGAAAAGGACUAAUACAUGAUUCCACGUCUAUCACUACCUGAAAUAAGCAAAGGGAUACAUAGAGAAAGUGAGUAGCUUAGAUUUUACCAUGGAUUUGGGAUGGGAAUAGAGGGAAAGGAGAAGUUAUUUGAGUUGUUACAUUUAAUGGUUACAGAGUUUUUGUUUGGGGUGAUUAAAAAGUGGGGCAAGCUCAAUUCACAAUAGCUAAGAUACAGAAUCAACCCAAAACCCAAAUGCCUAUCAAUUGAAGACUGGUUAAAGAAAUUAUGGGAUGUAGGCCGGCGCCGCGGCUCACUAGGCUAAUCCUCCGCCUAGCGGCGCCGGCACACCAGGUUCUAGUCCCGGUAGGGGCUCCGGAUUCUGUCCCGGUUGCCCCUCUUCCAGGCCAGCCCUCUGCUGUGGCCAGGGAGUGCAGUGGAGGAUGGCCCAGGUGCUUGGGCCCUGCACCCCAUGGGAGACCAGGAAAAGCACCUGGCUCCUGGCUCCUGCCAUCGGAUCAGCGUGGUGCGCCGGCCGUAGCGCGCCAACCGCGGCGGCCAUUGGAGGGUGAACCAAUGGCAAAAGGAAGACCUUUCUCUCUGUCUCUCUCUCUCACUGUCCACUCUGCCUGUCAAAAAUAAUAAAAAAAAUAAAAAAUAAUAAAAAAAAGAAAUUAUGGGAUGUGUAUGCCAUGGAUUACAACACACCAGUAAAAAAAAAAAAAAAAUCCAGUCGGUCGUUUACAACAAGAUGGAUGGAACAGGAAAACAUGAUACUUAGUGAAAUAAGUCAGUCUCAAAACGACAAAUACCAUACCUUCUCCCUGACGUGUGAUAAUGAAUAGAGCACCUAAAGGUAAUCUAUACAAGUGAAAUUACUACUUGGAGAAGCAAUGACUCGGAACAGCCUUUGUCUCAACUGCUGAACAGUUUUUUUUUUUUUUCAUACUAUUUGUUGAACUCCUUACUUAACAUACAGUUAAUCAUGUGUUUAUGAAGUUAAUUGAAAUUAGACCUUAGUAAAAAUAAAAGAGUAAUGAGAAUAAGAGAGGGGGGAGGAAGAGAAGGGGGAGUAUGGGUGGGAGGGCAGGUAGGGUGGGAAGAAUCACCAUGAUCUGAAAGUUACAAUUAUGAAAUGUGUGAAGUUUGUAUUCCUUAAAUAAAAGGUUUCUGGGGAAAAAGAAAUAAGCUAAUGAAAGACCAAAAAAGUGGGGGCAAAAGGUAGCAGUUAUGCUUACACAAUUUUGUGCUUAAGGUAUACAAAUUUCAUAUAUUUUAUGUAUACAGAUUUAGGAACAUCUCCUACCCUUCCUGCCACCCAUGCUCCCACCCUUCCUCCUUCCUCUCCUAAUCUCAGUUUCUACAAUAACCUGCUUUCAGAUUACUUUACACUGAUAAGAAUUGUGCAAUUUUGUAAGUAUAAUUAGUGCCAAUGAUUUCUACACUUAAAGGUUAAGAUGGGGCCGGUGCUGUGAUGCAGCUGGAUAAAUUGCCAAUUUUGAUGCUGGCAUCCCAUACUGGAGUGCCGGUUCAUGUCCUGGUUGCUCCACUUCCAAUCCUGCUCCCUGCUAAUGAGCCUGGGAAAGUUCUUGGGUCCCUGAACCUAUGUAGCAGACCUGGAUGAAACUUCUGGCUCCCAACUUCGGCCUGGCCCGACCCCAAUCAUUGUGGCCAUUUGGGGAGUGAACCAAUGGAUAAAAUAUCUCUUUCAUUGUCUCUCCCUCUGUCCCCAUAACUCUGCCUUUCAAAUAAAUAAAUCUUUCUAAAAAUUGGUUACGAUGUGGGCCGGUGUUAUGGCACAGCAGGUUAAGCCACCACCUAUGAUGCCUGCAUCUCAUAUGAGCACCAGUUUGAAUCCUGGCUGCUCCAUUUCCAGUCCAGCUCAUGGAAGGCACAUGGGAAGGCAGCAGAAGAUGGCCCAAGUGCUUGGGCCCCUGCCACCCACAUGGGAGACCAGAAUGAGUUCCAGGCUCCUGGCUUUGGCCUGGCCUGGCCCUGACUAUUGCAGCCAUUUGAGGAGUGCACCAGCAGUGGAAGACACAUCCCAUAUGAGAUGCCAGCCUUGCAGGCAGCAGCUUCACUACAAUUUUUAAAGCUUAAUGUAAUGUACAAAAAUAAACCACUGAAUUAUACACUUAAAAUAGGUAAAUUAUGAUAUGUGAAUUACAUCUCAAUAAGUCUGCUUUUGAAAAAUAUGUUUAAUAUAGACACGAUUAACCAAUGGGUGACAGAUUGAAAAAGCAUAUUUGAAAAUAUCAAAAGCCAACAAAAAUUAACAUCUAGAUCAGUGAUUCUCAACCUAAUCAGACCCAAUGUCCUCCCCAUGAUCUUCACAAUUUUUUUUAAGAUUUAUUAAUUUGAAAGGGAGAGCUAUAGAGAUGGAGAGAGAGAGAGAGAGAGAGAGAGAGAGAAAGGUCUUCCAUCCACUGGUUCACUCCCCAGAUGGCUGCAAUUGCUGAAGCUGUGCUGAUCCAAAGCCAGGAGCCAAGAGCAUUUUCCAGGUCUCCCACGCAAGUGCAGGGGCCCAAGGACUUGAGCCAUCUCCUGCUGCUUUUCCAGGCCAAAGCAGAGAGCUGGAUCAGAAGUGGAGCAGCUGAGACUUGAACCAGCACCCAUUAUGGGUUGUUGACACUGGAAAGGGCAGCUUUACCCAUUAUGCCACAGCGCUGGUCCCAGCCUCCACAAUCUUUUUUUUUUUUUUUUUUCUUUUUUUUUUUUUUUUUUUGACAGAGUUAUAGACAGAGAGAGAGAGAGAGAAAGGUCCUCCCUCCAUUGGUUCACUCCCCAAAUGGUCGCUAAGGCUUGGCGCGUUGCGCCGAUCCGAAGCCAGGAGCCAGGUGCUUCCUCCUGGUCUCCCAUGCGGGUGCAGGGCCCAAGCACUUGGGCCAUCUUCCACUGCCUUCCCAGGCCACAGCAGAGAGCUGGACUGGAAGAGGAGCAACCAGGACUAGAGCCCAGCGUCCAUAUGGGAUGCCGGCGCCACAGGUGGACAACCUCCACAGUCUUUAACAAUCUUUAAUCUUUUUUUGUAGAGUCCUUCUACAAUCCUGAAAUUAAAUUCAUAAAUAAUAUAACCUUCCUACAUAUUUAUUUUAAAAAUAAUAACAAACUCCAUAUGCAAUGCAUAUAUUUAAAAAGAAUUUAUAAUAAGAUAACAUGUACUCAAUAUGUAUUCAGGCAUUACUAGUACUAGAUCUCCCAAAAUAAAUCUUUGUAUAUUUUUAAAACACCCUCCAGAAUCAGUGCCAUCCAGAUUACAUGACAGCAACAACAAAUGAAGAACUCUGUAGAAUAAUAAGCAAAUAAUAACGAAUUUUGGUUACUCACCAUAGAGAGGUGAGAUAGCGGUUAAGAGAUGGAUGUGAGUGACUGAGAAAGAAAUGUCUGAGCUCCUUAUAACAGGAGAAAGGCAAAGCAAAACAAGAUUCUAAUUUAUUAGACUGGCAAAAAAUAGAAAUCUGAUAAUACCAGUUGUUAGUGUUGAUUUUGAGAAAUGAGAUCCCUGCACACUUCUGGUUAAAGAACGGUCUGGAAGUCUUUAAGUACCUGUUCCCUCUGUGACUUAACAGUCUCACUCUUGGACAGACACCCCAAGAGAAACAAGCACAAAUCAGCAUGAACACAUAGACAAAUACAUUCAUCCCAGUAUUGAAUUUAGUUAUAGAAGGUGUUCAUUACUAUGGAAAUUCGUAAAUAAAAUGUAUGAGCACCUGCCACAAAAUACUAAGAAUUAGAACUAUGAACUGGAGGGGCUGGCGCUGUGGUGUAGUGGGUAAAGCCGCCGCCUGCAGUGCUGGCAUCCCAUAUGGGCGCCAGUUCUAGUCCCGGCUGCUCCACUUCCGAUCCAGCUCUCUACUAUGGCCUGAGAAAGCAGUGGAAGAUGGCGCAAGUCCUUGGGCCCCUGCACUCGCGUGGGAGACCUGGAAGAAGCUCUUGUUCCCUGGCUUUGGAUCAGCUCAGCUCCAGCCCUUCCAGCCAUCUGGGGAGUGAACUGGCAGAUGGAAGAUCUCUCUCUCUCUCUGUAACUCUCUUUCAAAUAAAUCUUUUUUAAAAAAAUAAAAAAAAAAUUGGAAUAACGUGGAUAUUCAAAAUAUAGUAUUAAGUUUAAAACAUCAGAAGCAGUAUCUUUAGCAAGUAUAAUGUAUGUAAAUUAAAAAUACAUACUGACAAAAGCAACACUACUGGCAGGGAGCAUGAGGGAAGGGAAUGGCAGGUAGAGUAUGCUUUUAUUUUCUAAUCUAACAACAGUUUGCUCGAAGUGAUAGCAACAAUGAAUUGAGUGAUUACAGUUUAUGGAUAAGUGAAUUGAGUGACAGUAAAAUCAUAAGAGACAACAAGGAGAAAUUUAGAAUAGUCUAUUAUUUGAAAGAGGACAUGAGUUAGCUAUACUUGCAUAUUUCUUCUAAAAAAGAGAGUUACAGAGUUGGGGGGAAAGGGAGGGAGAGACAGGAGACAGACCCUUCAUCUGCUGGUUCACUUCCCAAAUAGCACGACAGAUGGGCUUGGGCUGGGCCAAAGCUAGAAGCCAUGAGCUUCAUCCAGGUCCCAAGCACUUGGGCCAUCUUGUGCUGCUUUCCCAGAUUCAUUAGCAUGGAGCUGGAUUGGAAGCGGAGCUCAUAUGGGUCACUGGCAUUGCUGGCAGUGGCUUAACCCACUGCACCAUAGCACCGGCCCCAUAAUUAUAUAUGUCAAACUGAAGAGCAACCACUAACAAAGUAAAUAACCCAUUUAGGUUACUUUCAAAGGCUUCCCAUAACAAUAAGAUAGAAACCUUUACAAUGGUGUCAUCGCUCUCCCUGUCCCUGUCUCAACUCUCUCCACUUCGUCUUCUCUUCCUCUCCUUCUUGCUCUACUACUGCCGCCAUGUUGUUUCUCCUGGAGCCUCUCGCACUCACUUGGCCUAUGAUGUUCUGAGUCUUCUGCAGGACUCGCUCCUCCACAUCGCCCAGGCCCAUUGUGAUGUGUGUUCUCCUGGGUCACGAUUCUUAGGCAUCUCGGUGUUUCACUUGGGGUGAUUACGGCUAUACUUUCCCAGCACUCACUCCAUUUGGAGCCUUUGCUUGCAACUGGGCCAAGUGGCUGGCUGGUCGCCAAGAGGCUGCUCAUUUUACAGUGGCUGGCAGCCACGUCAACAACGGUGCACCGAUAGGCAAAUGAGAGCUUUUGGGACUGCGAUUUCUCUCAGAGGACAGUUGGAUGGAAGUUUGCAGUGGAAAUUCCACAAAAAGAAAAGAGCGUGGAGCAGCAGGGACGUUACAAUCAUGCGGCAGUGAGCAAGAAACCGCCGGUGAAUGCCGCAGCUGGCGGCUGCACAGGAUGCCGUCUUCUUGGAGCAAGGCACCCAGCUAUCACCAGGGAGGACGCAUCAUCUUAAUAAGAUGAGUAGGGGCUGCAGGGGCCCAUGCACAAUUGUGGGAUUUUAUCAGAGGGAUAAACCCUCAGGCCCCAGGCACUCUGAGUCCACACUGACUCUGGUCUGAGGUUUGGUGUGGGGCAGGGUGCUCAUGCAGGCCCAGGAAGGCCUCCCCUCCUCUCACUUUAUCAUAGCACUCGGCCUCAACUGGCCAAGCCGCAGCACCAACCAGCUCCUAUGGGGUAGGCAGCUGACUCUGGGAAAACCAUGGCUCUUUCAGUGGACAGGGGAAGCUUAUGGGGCUGAGAGUGAAUCUCUGCUCCCUGUGACUCUGGGGGCCCUGCACCUUGUGACUGUGGGAAUUCUCAGUUGGAUAGGGCAUGCAAUAAGGUGUGGCUGGGUCUUUGAGAAGUCACCAUAUCUGGUUUCAGAAGCUCCGCGUUCUAUACUCACACCGAGGCGCAUGUCAGGAUCCUUUGUGCAGUUCAGGUGCUUGCUUGGGGGAGGUACCUGGGCACUGUGGGCUCACCAGUUGGUCACAUUAGCAGAGAGGGGCUGAUACUGUGAUCACGCCAGCUGAAGUGAUCACACCCUCCCCCCACCCUGGCUGAUAAUAGAGGAGAUCUAUGAUCCCAACCUGGGUAUCGCCCUGGGCUCUUGCCCCACCCUCAAGCAUUGGCCAGAGCUCCCUGGCCCCCCUGAGCAGACACCUCUGUAUCCACUAAAGGAGCAGAUAUUUCCACUAAGCCACAGAGGCAUAGUUCAAAUACAAAAGCUGACAGAGGAGAAAACCAACAAGAGUUUCCACAAAUGACUAAAAAUGACUAAAAAAAAAAAAAGUAGAAAUAUAAGAAACAUGAACAAGGAAGACAAUAUGAUGCCUCAAAAGGAACACAACAAUCUUUAAUAUUAGAAUGUGAGGACAGAUUGAUGAGAUGCCUGAAAAGGAAUUCAAAAGAAUGAUCAUAAGGAAACAAAAACAUAGAGAAGCAAAUGCAUGAGUUAAAGAAAUCCUUACAUGACAUGGUUGAAACAUUUUGCAGGGGGACAGAGAUAUUGAAGAGAAAUCAUACUGAUCAGUGGGUCAUAGGAAGGGAAUAAAAAAUUCUUAGAAACAAAUGAAGAUGACAGCAUAAGGUACCAAAACUUAUAGAAAUAGCAAGCACGGUGUUAAGAGGAAAGUUUAUAACAAUCAGUGCCUACACCAAGAAACUGGAAUGAUGUCAAAUAAAUGAUCUAACAAUGCAUCUCAAGGACCUAGAAAAACAACAACAAACCAAAUCCAAAAUUAUAGGAGAAAAGAAAUAAUUAAAAUUAGAGAAUAAACAAAAUUGAAACAAAGAAAAGACACAAAAGAUCAGUGAAAUGAAGAGCUGUUUUUUUGAAAAUAAAUAAAAUUGAUACACCAUUGGCCCAACUGACCAAAAAAAUAAAAAUUAAGACCCAAAUUAAUAAAAUCAGAGAUGAAAAAGGAGAUGUUCCAAGAGAUACCACAGAAAUAAAAACAAUCAUCAGGAAUUACUGCAAACAGCUAUAUGCCAACAAACUUGAAAAACCAGAAGAAAUGGUUUUUCUGGACACAAAGAAUCUCUAAAAUUGAGUCAUGAAGACACAGAAAACAUAAAUAUACCAAUAAUCAAGACAGGGAUUGAAAGAGUAAUAAAGUCCCUCCUAACAAAGAAAAGCCCAGGGCUAGAUGGCUUCACUGCUGAAUUUUACCAAUAUUUUAAAACACUAAUUGAUAUUCUCAAACUAUUCAAAACAAUUGAAAGGGACAGAAUCCUCCAAGACUCCUUCUUGGGGUUUGUUGUUGUUGUUGUUGUUUUUAUUUGACAGAUAGAAUUAGAUAGUGAGAAAGAGAGACAGAGAGAAAGGUCUUCCUUUUUCCGUUGGUUCACCCCCCAAAUGGCUGCAAUAGCCAGAGCUGCGCCGAUCCAAAGCCAGGAGCCAGGUGCUUCUUCCUGGUCUCCCACGCAGGUGCAGGCACCCAAGCACCUGGGCCAUCCUCCACUGCCCUCCCGGGCCACAGCAGAGAGCUGGACUGGAAGAGGAGCAACCAGGACUAGAACCCAGUGCUCAAAUGGGAUUCCGGCACCACAGGCGGAGGAUUAGCCAAGUGAGCCAUGGCGCUGACCCCCCAAGACUCCUUCUAUGAGGCCAGAAUCCAAAACCAGAAAAAGAUACAAGAAAGAGAACGUAGACUAAUAUCCCUGAUGAAUAUAGAUGAAAAAUCCUCAACAAAAUACUAGCUAAUUAAAU